AUGUCACAGAGAGGCCCUGCACCUACAUCUCGACCUCCGUCACAGUCACCUCCUCGCGCUCCAUUCUCCCACGGUCUCCACACACGAGAUAUCCCGGGCCAGCCUCAGGAUGGCCCCGCUAGAGAGCCGUAUCCUCAACGGUCUUUGGGGAUUCGAGGCUUGAUCAACCCUUCAGAGGCACAGACGGAAGGGCAUCAAGGCGAAUUGCAGAACCAACGCCCUAACGAUCCCCAGAGUUCGCCCUAUGGUGUGCCCUCCAGACAGUAUGGCACUCCUGGCGAUCGUCCGUACGCGUUUUCUGGCCCACUAGGUUCCCAGCCGGCUACGCCGGCCGGCCAUCCAGUGACAACACCUUUGGGCCAUACCCCAUCGGAGAGCUCGCCGAAAGGAGGAGGAUUCCCCUUUCCGACAAUGGCCAGACAGGUUCUUAGUCCCAGAGAAGCACGAGCAGCCAGCGUAAGUCAGGCGAGUGUGAGAGGUACCGAGCCGCAACAAACUCCAUUUCUACCUCCUGCAGCGCCGCGAACAAAACGACCUUACCCGGGAGAGGAGGGUCCUACCGAGCCGAUGCGCUCGGCACCCGGUCUUCCGUUCUCUGGCCCUCCGUCACUUGGUCCUCCCUCAUCGACAAUGGGGCCAAUGGUAACCCCGCCGCGGUCCAUGUCACAACCAAUGAUCGGACAAGCACCACACGCUGACCGCCCUCAACUUCCAUCGAUGCCUAGAAACCCUCACAGCCGAGGACUAGAAUACCCGAGCCAACCAAGCAUGAUAUCUCCUGGUCCCAAUUAUCCUCCACAGACUCCGGUGGACAGACCUGCGUGGCCUGCACCAGGUAGUGGAACGGCGCUUUACCAAAGCUUGCGGUCCGAAUCCGCGAAAGCCGCUAUGGAAGGUGGCAUGAUGGUUAGAAUCGGAGGAGAUGACGACGGUAUACUAGUACCCGUCGACGUUCACCAGGCAUCGAAGCAAGCGGACGAGAAAAGGCAAAGAAACGCCGGUGCGUCAGCUCGAUUCAGGCAGAGGAAAAAGGAGAGGGACCAAGAGCAGCAGGCCAACAUGCACAAGUUAGAAACGAGGACGAGGGAUUUGGAAUCUCGGUUGAGGGAGUUGGCUCAAGAGAGGGACUUUUACAGAUAUGAGCGGAACCGGUUGCGCGAGGUGGUCCUUCGUACACCGCUUAGUGAAAUGGCAAACGGACCCCCGAGCCCAACGUCAUCCAGAAGCGGAGGGUCGAUGGCAGAGACCAGUCCUCUGACGCAGGCGCCCAUGCUGCCUCAUCAACAACAGCAGGGGUACGCUUCGAGCGAGUCAUCCGUGGAACGGCCGACACGACGGCGACGAACCGAUUCGGCGCCGACUCCAGAGUUUUCGAUCCCUUCGUACGGGACGCCGGUCCCUCAAGCAGGGAAUUUGCCGCCCAUGCAAGCUGCUGCAUAUGGCAUGAUGCAGCAACGCCCACCCUCAGCGGCACCUGGCGGCGAAAGGUUGCCUCCCCUCCGAGCUAUGGAGGGUCCCUUUGGAGCUCCCGGCCCAGACUCGGGGAUGGUUACAACUGCCGGCGGCGGCGGCCCCAUGUAUCCCAGCUACACCCGUAUUCCCCAUGAGACUGGCUUCGCAAGCAGGCCCCCGGGCCCACCGCCUCACCAUGGACCUCACGGCCAUGAUCAGGGAGGGCGGUAA